CGUACCUCCUUGUCGGGUACGUACCUUCUUCUCCACGUUGACUCCGCGCUUGCACCUGCCCACGGGAUCUUUCGGGUCAUGUGACGUCUAGCUUUUCGCUGUCUUCGUCGACCCCGGAACAAUCCGCAUUUCCGUCUCCAACUGAUUAUUUGCCGUCCGUUCGCAGGUCACGAUGGUCGUGAUGCCUGUUGACCACUCCCUGGCAUCUCUUCUUCCAGGUCCCUUGGGCCUCGGACGAGGGGCUAAACGGACUCGACUCAGGCAAUUGCCUCGUUUAAUACGGGGUUCUGUCGCCAGCUUCCCAGUGGCUCAGUCGUCUGGCCGAAUAUGCGCCGCGCCUCGUCGCCACGUUUUUCCACCGCAGAAAAAAAAAAGUCUCCAUUGGCCUCGUCUCGACCACCUCGACCCCCUCCACCCUCCACCUCCCGUCUUCCGUCGCGCUUUUCCCGUCAACCGUCAUUCGGUGCCUGACCGAGUAUCCAGAUACUACCCAAAAGAGACAAGCGUUCUCCCUGAUACCCGAAAAGGUCUGGCGCCAUCUUGGAUCGACCGUCCUGCCGGCACUGUUCCCCUUCUGGCGCGACGGCCUACACUAGAGCGAAUGCAGCUUUUCUGGCCACAACUCGCUGUUCUCUGCAUUGCAGCGGUUUCCAUCUGGUCACGAGCUGCCGUACCUCUCUUCCUGCCGAAACGGAUCGCCGUCUGUGUCGAACCCUCGACGGCCAACGCCCAAAGACGCCUGUCCCUGCCAGUCCCCCCCCCCGGCCCAGCUGCUCACCUGCCCAGCGCCCCCUUCGCUGCUCUUUUCCGAACCUGGGGAACAAGUCAGAACGGCCAUGCGCUGACGCCUCUAGGACGGACUGCCAACUGGCCCUGGUUUAUCUUGUGACUUUGGACCAGCCCAACCCGACCCGGCUUUACUCUUCGCCUGACCCGACCGUCGGGACGACCGCUAAUCGCCUCCCCCGGAAACCCCUUCAGUUCUUUACCAACCAACGGUGGGGGGAGGGCCAAACGUACCU